AUGUACAACACCAUAGUAGAUUAUGAUGCAAAUAUAAAACCAAAAGGUAAAUCAUAUAACGGUUUGCAUAGUACGGAUGAUGGUUCUGGUUUUCAACCCUGCAGAAUUCGAAGAUGGCAUUCCAAAUCGCGGCAAAGAUCCAAUUCGUUGAAAUCGCAUAGGUCAGAAGAAUUUACAAAGUCGUAUUUAUUUGGACCUGUUUUGAGGCACAUUAAAGCGGAGUCUGCAUGGUUUGCUCCGUUGUCACCUAUUCCGGUUCGACAACCUGGCUUGGCAUGGAAUGGUGUGUACCGCCGCACUCCAACUCUAAUUUUCUCACCAACGGUUAUGAUGUGCAAAGAGAGUAGUGUAAAAACUCUAGCAGAAAAGUUUAAUCUUUCUUUUAAACUAAACAGGGCAGACUGUCGGCUUCUUCGAAGCAUGAUGCAAAGCCAUGGUUUUAUUGAAGUCAAUAGUCUUUCUUCCGAAUUCAACUUAAUGUGGUCAAAUAGCCACAUUAAGCCCACAGAACUCAGAGCUAUGUGUGAUUUUCAAAGAGUCAACCAUUUUCCUCGGUCAUACGAGCUUACUAGAAAGGAUAAGCUUGCUCAGAAUAUCAAAAGAAUGCAAUAUUUAAAAGGACUGAGUAAUUUUGAUAUAAUUCCGAAGACUUUUGUUCUACCAUGUGAUCAAAUUGAAUUACGAUCGAGCUAUUUAAAGGGCCAAGGACCAUACAUAGUCAAACCCAUUGCCUCCUCUAGGGGUAGGGGCAUUCACAUUAUUUGCAAUCCCGAUGCAAUAAAUAGUACGGAUCAGGUUAUUGUCUCUAAGUAUGUAUCAAAUCCACUGUUAAUUGAUGGCUUCAAAUUUGAUUUGCGAUUAUACGUCGCAGUUACAUCGUACUGUCCUCUUACAAUCUACAUUUAUGAGGAAGGAUUGGUGCGAUUUGCGACAGUGCGUUACCAGAAGGGCUCUAAGCACUACAAAAAUUUAUGCAUGCAUCUGACAAACUACAGUGUCAACAAGAAAAAUCGCUUCUUCGUUCACAACGAUGACGCAGAUAUAGAAGACUUUGGGAACAAAUGGUCACUUGGUGCGUUAUUACGGUAUUUGAGAGGUGAAGGUAAAGACACAGCGGCAUUGAUGCUUCGUAUAGAGGACAUCAUAAUCAAAGCUUUUAUUGCGGUUGAAGACCCAAUCAACCAGGCUUGUCGCCUUUUUAUGAGCUCAAAGUUCAAUUGCUUCGAGCUCUACGGGUUCGACGUAAUCGUUGAUGAAAAUCUCCGGCCGUGGUUACUUGAGGUCAAUCUAUCACCAUCUUUAGCAUGUGAUACACCUCUUGACUUCAAAGUAAAAUCAAAUAUGCUCUCAGACUUAUUAAACUUGGCUGGAAUCAUAUGCUAUGAUCCAACGAAGCGAUGCAAAAAGGGAGCUUGUGGAACUCCAAAUUUUACUUCACCCAAACAUCCUACUUACUUUGUGUCCGCCCAAAAAUACGUCAAUGAAGAGAGCCAAAAUCUACUUUUGAUAGGCAAAAUUCAGUCCAAAAUCUCCAGCUCCUCGAAAGAGAUGACAUCAGAAGAGCUGCAACUUGUGCGUCGGUUUCAAGAGGAAACAGCACGCUGCGGUGGAUGGCUCCGAAUCUUCCCCUGUGGGGAUACCUGGAUGCAGUACGCCAGUCUCCUCCACGACAACAGCCAGGGAGAGAUAACAGACACUCCCCAGCCCAGAUGGCGUUUCUCCAUGGCCUCAGCUCCGACACACACUCCCACCGUUGCAACCAGCGGUACAAUACAGAGGGGUGGCCGUCGAGUCAAUGAGGAUUUCCUCACUCAUGCUUCCGCUACAAUGGCCGUUUUAGCUAUGCAGAAGGCCAGUUCGCUUAGGGUUGGGACGAUGGCUAGGAACAAUGACGGAGAAAUCACCUUAAUUCAUCCUAAUCUCGUACCCCCUAAGGUUAACAUCGGAAUGUUUACAGGUCUAUCAAGUCCAGGAGACAAUGAACCCUUUGCCUCGGAAGUGGAUGAAGACAAUGAAGAAAAGCUCAUGGUUCACAUGCCGCCGCUGCAGGCCGAUGAUGCAGACUCCGUGCUACCAAUUCACAGUCUAACUACAAAUGUUCUCUCGGAGUACCUGAUGAUUGGUCUUGGAUUCAACCUUCAAGCUUCAAACGUUAAACGAGAACAGGCGAAUCGUGUAGCGACAUGUUAUUCCCAGACUCUGGGGCGACUUCCAUUCUACCACAGGAAGAUUGGAGCCUUGCCCGUGUGUAUACGAGGCGUUUGUCUGUUAGCUGGAUGUGGUCACGAAUCAGGAGUACCACGUCUUUGUGGAAUGCGCAGAAAUGAGGAAAAUAAUAUCUCAUAUGACCCUCAUUAUGUCGCCUCAACGAUUGAAAACCUUCCUGACACAGAGCACAUCAGUAGGCUCUAUAGGCGAGAAAAAGGUGGUGUUCAAAUCCAAUCAAUGACUCAAUACCAAGCACGAAUGACAUUUUCCGCCUAUCUUUCACGGAUACACUCACGGUUCAAAGCACAUGUUCUGGCAGAUAAUAAAAAGCAGGAAUGCGUAGCUUCGAAGAAAGCUGAUAAGCAAGCGGACCUAAUAUUGAGAUUUUUGCAGAAAGCAGCUCUCAAAUUAUCUCCACAGGCAGUUAAGUGGUUUUACAGUACAAAUGACAAUAAAUUUAUACAAAUAUAUGAUCACGAAACCACCCUAAGCCGUGUUGAAGAAGGAUCUGGGGAGGGUGAUGGCAGCAGCGACGCAAAUUUUAACCAAUUCAUUGAAAAUGCCACUGAAAACGAACUAGAGGUGAUCCUAAGUCAGUACACCCGCACAUUCCAUUCACUAAGUCUUUUCACCCGGCAACCUUCGAAGUAUGUGGUCUUACAAAUGGAGCAAAGCGAGAUUACAUCUACUCAUUCACGAUUCGAAAUCCAAGCGAACUCGAAUAAAUUCCAAGGUCGGGAAACACCAGCACCAAUCGAAGGUUUUGAUGAUACACUGAAAGAGACAAAUGAAUCAGUUGGAUUGGGAUCGCAUGAAAUCCAUGACAAAUUCAUCGGAAUCGUGAGUCCAACGUCUCAGUUCAAAUCUACCGAGAACCUACACUUUCGAAAUGAAAUCAAAGCUGAAUUCAUAACAAAACAUUACAAGCCUAUAAAACACAGAACUCCAGCGGGAGACAUUCAAAAUUUAAUGUCGAAUCCACCCUCUACAGGGGUUACGGUGACGAAUAUGGAGCAUGAAACCAUGACCAAGUUCGCACCAAAUAAAGCUGUUAAUUUUGGCCUGUUGGAAGACGAUUUCAAGGGGUCAUUUCAUGAUUCUAAAGGAUCCUUUAACUCAAAACAGUCCGAAGGUAAAAAUGGAAGCGAAUUUUAUUAUGACGGUUAUCGCGACCAUGACUAUUGCACCGUCGAGCGUUGCAAAAUGCAGGAAAAAUGUGCCUGUCUAUUUGGAUUCCUACAUUGUAGCGAGGCGGAUGUAUUUGAUAUUAGUUUGCUGGAUGAAAACUAA